AACUGUCAUAACACCACAUGUUCGACAAAAACUCAUUUUGUUGUUGCAAGAAGCAACUUGUGAAGCUUCGUUUAAAGUCAUUUCCAUUGAUAUAUAAACAUUUUGGUUGAAUCUAGUUGAAAUGUCGGACUCAGAAAGUGGUAGUGAACAUGAUUAUUCGAAUUUUUUCGAUGAUCAAGAAAUUAAAGAAGAAAAUGAAGAGAAGCCAACAGCGGUUGAUGUGAAACAAGAACUACACGACGACGACGACGACGAUGAUGAUGAUGGAGACGAUAACGACAGCGACGGAGAUGAUGAGGACCGAAAACCAGAGCUCGAUGUUAAGAAGAAAAAGUUAUCGGCCAAAGAACUGCGUAAACUGGGCAAACUGCGCGAGAAGCAGCUGAAAGAGGAUGUGUUUGGUAACAAAUCCACUUACUUAAAGGGCUUACAAACAUUGGCCGAUGGUGUGAAAAAGAAGAAAAAAUCAUCGGAUCAAAAGCGUAAGCCGGUUUGGAAUGAUGAUGACGACGAAGGUGCGGAUGUGGUCACCCGAGUAGACAAUUACAAAUGUGAGGUCACACAAAAGGAGGUGUACAAAAAGCAAUUGGAAAAUAAGUUUCAACGAAUACUUGGCACACCGGCUUGGGCCGAUUUAAAUCGUAAGAAAAAAGACAAUGAUGAUUCAGACGAUGAGAUCCUUCGUACAAUCGGUCAUAUCGCACUGAAAAAAGGUGAUCAAUUGGUUAGUGGGCAGUUGCAGUUCAAAAAGUUAAAAGAUUUGAAUCGUGAGAGUUAUUCAGAGGGUCCAUCCAUCACUGGUGUCGCCUUUCAUCCGGGCUCAUCGGUUGGUUUGGUGAGCGGCACCAAGGGAAUUGCCACCAUUUAUUCGAUUGACGGCAAGAAAAAUGAUAAACUACACAGUAUGGAAUUUAAGAAUUUCCCGAUACGCUGCUGUCGACUGUCCAAGGAUGGAAGCCAGGCAAUUUUUGGCGGUUCACAAAAAUACUUCUACACAUAUAAUCUCCUCAGUGGGCACACUCAGCGCGUUUUUUUGCCGAAAACAAUCACCAAAAUGCAUAAUUUCGAAGUAUCACCGUGUGGCAAGUAUGUUGGUGUUAUUGGACGAUUCGGUGAAGUGCAUUUACUCUUUGCAAACACAUUCGAAUUGUUGUGUACAUUGAAACAGGAACACGAUGCCACAUGCAUCACAUUUUCAAACGAUUCGAAGUACUUGUUUACGCAUUGUAUUGAUAAUGAAGUUAACAUUUUUGAUAUCGGUGAACAACGGUUUGUCCAUCGUUUCGUUGACGAUGGCUGCAUCAAUGGAUCAACGAUUUCGAUUAGCCCAAAUGGACAACUAUUGGCCGCAUCAAGUCAACAGGGUGUUGUCAAUGUAUACAAUUACAACGAUGUGUUACACCAAAAAUUUCCACGGCCACAAAAAACCAUCCUAAAUUUAACCACCGCCAUUUCGAGUACAACAUUCAAUCAUACAUCCGAAUUGCUGGCCAUUGCAUCGAAAGAAGUCGAAGACGCUGUCAGAAUAGUACAUUUCCCAAGUGGUACCGUCUAUCACAAUUUCCCCGCUACCAAUUCGGGCAUAGGCAAACCAAAUGUCAUCCAAUUUUCACCACAGAGCGGUUUCUUGGCCAUCGGCAAUGGUGACAAACAGGUGCCCAUGUACCGACUCAAACAUUUCCACAAUUUUUAAUUUGUUUUUUUUUGAUCGUUUCGAAAAAUUCUUACAAAAAAAAAAUUAUGAAAUAAAGUCGAAUCAAGUUUAUAUUUGCUAGUAA